AUGCGAAACACUAUCUGCCACCUGCCCAAUGGCCUCUCGUUCACUGUGACGCCCGUCUUUGGCGGGGUCACCUUCAAAUCGAACGACUCGCUCUCGCACAGCUCCAACUCGACCUUCCCACCAGGCUGGACAAUCAUCAUCCAUAGUGAAAAGUCCCCUGGGAAGCAGCCUCCUGCCGAAGAACGAGGACGGACUGGCUCUGAAAAUGGACGUCCUACCCCCAGUAGCAGCGAUAGCGACAAUUUCACCCGCUUUACGACCCCCACCUUGAACCGCGACUGCCUCUAUAUCUCCUAUAUUGUCAAUCCCCCGUCCAGCGAUUACAAGCCGGUGAUGUCGCCGACGCGUCAGAUUGCGAUGAUGCUUUGGGCGACUCUGUGGUGGUACUUUCACGAGCCCCAGCCCGACUUGCAUGUGGAAACUGCUGCCUCGAGCUCGACGCCACAUGAUGGACGACCGCAGGGCGAGUGGCGUGUGAACAUCAGACGGGAAGGGAUUUUCAAGGGUCGGAACCUGCUGCAGAAGCUUGAGCGUAUGGGUCUGAUUGCGAGUGAGGACUCUUCCGUCGGGCUUCAGCCUAUGGAGACGAGAGACUCUGGCAGUUGGUCCAAUAUAUUCGUUAGUCGACGGAGUUUCUGGCAAAUCGACCCGCGCCUGUUCCUUUUCACGCUCACUCCCCGAGGGACUCCGCCUUCGCCCUCGCUGACCCCAUUCCAAUCUCGUCAUGCAUCCCCGGUGCGAGAUGGUCUGUCGAGUCCGAGCGUGUUGACACCAUCAGAGGUUUUGUUCCAUACAAGUAACAUCGGCACGUAUAAUUCGACCGGGCCUUUCACGUCGGCGAGUCAUCUUCCGACAUACUAUCCGCCGGCCCCUACACAAUAUACCUUCACUAAUGGCGUACGCCAUCCCGUCCGCUCUAAACCCCCGCAUCAAGGCGAGGUCUUCUACGUGCGCCAUAUCCCAAGUUUGGCGCAGUUCCUUUCGUUCCGAGUACCCUUCUUGCCGAUGACCAAGCCUGGGGCUCCAAAGGGACCCAACACGAGCAGUCGGCCAUCCACCCCGACCACAACUGUGAGCUCCUCGGUCACCAGCGUCGAACAACAUCUCUGCACGAGCGCACCAUCCGACCUGGAGAUGUUGCAUCGAUGGAUGAAUGAUCCUCGCGUUGAAGCUAUGUGGAAAGAAGGUGGCGAACGAGAAGUUCAGGAGAAAUUUUUGAUGAAGAACCUCGCCAGCCGACACAGUUUCCCCGUCAUCGGCUGCUGGGAUGGAAAGCCAUUCGGGUACUUUGAGAUCUACUGGGUGAAGGAAGACCCGCUGGGCCGAUUGGUGAAUCGAGUUGAGAACUAUGACCGGGGUAUCCAUGUUCUUGUUGGGGAGCAGGAGUUCCGAGGACCUCAUCGGGUGGCUGUUUGGUUGAGUGCAUUGGUGCACCACUGCUUCUUGUCUGAUAUGCGGACUGAGGCUGUCUAUUUGGAGCCCCGGGUGGAUAAUAUCAAAUUUAUUCAAUAUCUUCAGGACGCUGGCUUCUAUAAAGAGGGUGAGGUGAACUUUCCGCAUAAGCGGUCCGCUGUGAUGAAGAUUAAGAGGGAGUUUUGGGAGGCUCCAGCUCUGUGA